AUGCUCCACCAACCAUCGCAAGAUCGCUUGUCCACUCAAUCGAAACCACACACCUCUGCUGUUUUGACCACUUCGCCAUCGCAUCAAAUUGAUCAGUCCAGCUUAUCAAACCAACCGUCACAACCACGGUUAUCAUCGUCCACAGAAUCUCAAUUGCCUUCAACCUCGGCCCAAACUAGCCUCGUGUCCACCACUCUCGUUGGUAGCAGUCAAAGGAUGCCUGCUACAGUUCUGCUGCAAACCGCAAUCAUCAAGGUUUUCGGUUCUGGUGGAGACGACCUGUGGGCCAGGGCACUGUUGGAUCUUGCGUCGCAGUUGUGCUUAAUUACUGAAAACAUGGUCCAGAAAUUAAAGCUUCGUCGCUAUCCAAAUCGCCAAGAAAUUGGUGGAGUUGGAAACACUCUCGUCGUGUCGUAUCAUGCUCUUGACGUUCGGAUAGGAUCUCAUUGUACGAAAUUUACGGUUGAGGAAUCUUGUCAAAUAUUGAAGAAAAUCACUCGUGAGCUUCCAGUGAACCCUGUUGAUUCGUCCACUUGGAAUAUUCCAUCCGAAGUCAUACUGGCUGAUCCAAAGUUCUAUGCGCCAGGGCCAAUAGAUUUGCUUCUGGGAAUGGAACUAUAUUUCGAUAUUCUUCUUGAAGGAUUAAUAAAACUGGGCCCUGAGAAGCCAGUUCUUCAAAAUACUGUUUUCGGAUGGGUAGCAUCCGGAAAAAUAGGAGCUCACCACCCUCGUACCCAACACAAGUUAGCUCACGUGUGCAGCGCAGAAUCAGUCGAUGAUCCAAUCUCUCGCUUCUGGGAAAUAGAAACUUGUUGGUCCAAUAGUAUACGAUCCCCAGAUGAAACUUUCUCCGAGGAGCAUUUUGUUGCUAACACCUUUCGUGACGAAUCUGGAAGAUUUGUCGUUACCUUACCGAAACGCCCAGAUAUAUUGUCUCAACUCGGGAGUUCCAAGGAAAUAGCCACUCGAAGCGACACUUCAUUUGUUGCUGAGUAUUUGCAACUCAAUCACAUGCGUGAGAUCGACGACACGGAUAACAGAUUUCCGUCUUACUACUUACCUCAUCAUGGAGUAGAGAAGGUGGAUAGUACAACCACUAAAUUACGGGUGGUCUUUGACGCCUCUUGUCGAACGGACAGCGGAUUUUCGCUGAAUCAGGCGUUAAUAGUGGGACCGGUUCUACAGGAUGACAUUCUAGACAUUUCGCUUCGCUUCAGAAUUCAUCAGUUUGCUAUUAUUACGGAUGCUGAAAAGAUGUAUCGGCAGAUCCGCCUCCACCCUGACGAUUUUCCACUGCAUCGGAUUCGCUGGCGGUCCUCUUCCUCGGAACCGCUGAAAACGUUUGAACUAACCACAGUCACCUACGGUACUGCUCCGGCGCCAUACUUGGCUACAAGAUGUCUCCUUGAGUUGUCGAAACAGGGAGCUAAUGAAUUUCCUCUAGCCGCGAAAGUCCUGUCGAAGGAUUUUUACAUGGAUGACAUGCUUACCGGUGUCGAUGAUGAAGAAGAGGGAAAAUACUUGUGCAGGCAACUGCGAAGCCUGUUACAAUCUGCAGGUUUUAAUCUACGCAAAUGGGCGUCGAACUCGACAGCUAUAUUAUCAACCAUACCUCCCGACCAACGCGACGAUCGAGCAGUAAUAGCACUGGACUCACCAGCAACCAUAAAAACCCUUGGACUAAUAUGGGAGCCAUCGACCGAUUUACUCCACUACUCUGUUCCUAAUUGGUCCCAAACAGAAAACAUCACAAGACGAACCGUAUUGUCGGAUACAGCAAAGCUUUUCGACCCUCUCGGCCUGAUUGGGCCGCUGAUAGUCCUUGCCAAGAUAUUUGUUCAAUCUCUCUGGCGAACUUCUACAUCCUGGGACAAUCCACUAGACGAGUAUCAACAGCAGCAUCGGUUGGAGUUCCGCAGUAGUUUGCAAGGAUUAGUAUUUAUUACCAUCCCAAGGUGGGCAACCCCUUCCUUCAAUCGCGUAGUGCUUGAAAUGCACGGGUUCUGCGACGCCUCUGAGAAGGCUUACGGGGCCUGUUUGUAUUUGAGAGUUGUUUCAAAUGACGGCAGAAUAGCCGUGCGUUUACUAACCGCCAAAUCUAAGGUGGCCCCUUUUUGA